GACAUAUGACUGUCACAUGACUACAACGAAUUAAUUUAGCAUUUUUCUGGUUUCUGACCGCUAAGGUUUACAUAGAUAUAUAUGUUAAAAGUCCUUGCUAAAACAUUUAAAACUGUAGUUUUAGCGUAAGUGCAAAUAAGACUAAUUCUCAAUGGAAGCGAUUGUUGUUUUUUGCAGCAAGCUAGCUAACUCAUUGAGGAGUUAUGUUAGCUAGUUUGGCAGAUUCAAUCAGAUUGCCUAUAAGACAACGAUCUGAAUUAGUUUCUUAAUCAGUGUUUUGUUUUAGGCGUAUUUUGUAUGGUUUUGGACUUAUAUGUUUAUUUUCGCUUUGCAACUCUUGUAUUAUCUCCUCUGUAGUUUGACUUUUUAAGGUCAUAGGACCAAAAAUGCCUCAAACAGCGGCUGUCAUCAGUGGGAUCCAGAGGACGGUUUUGUACGAAACAAGAGCAAGAUACUUUUUGGUUGGCAGCAACCAUGCACAGACCAAACACAGAGUCCUGAAGAUUGACCGCACCGAACCAAAGGAUCUGGUGAUAAUUGACGAUAAGCAUGUGUAUAGCCAACAAGAAGUGCGGGAGCUACUAGGCCGUCUGGACCUGGGAAACCGCACCAAAAUGGGUCAAAAGGGCUCAUCUGGUUUGUCCAGAGCUGUCUCAGCUUUCGGCAUUGUAGGGUUUGUGCGUUUCCUCGAAGGAUUUUACAUUGUACUCAUCACCAAGCGCAGAAAAAUGGCUGACAUCGGUGGCCACUCCAUUUAUAAAAUAGAGGACACCACCAUGAUCUACAUCCCCAAUGACUCUGUUAGAGUCUCUCAUCCUGAUGAAGCAAGGUACGUGCGAAUCUUUCAGAAUGUGGACCUUUCCAGCAACUUCUACUUCAGCUACAGCUACGACUUGAGCCACUCGUUGCAGUACAACCUGACAUUGCUGCAGAGACCUUACGAACUGUGGUCGGUGGCGCCCCCCUUGAAUAAGGAAGAGGAGCACACACAGGGCAAGCAGGACAGCUUUGACAUCUUUGAGGAUGAAGGUUUGCCUACACAAGUGCUUUAUGGUCUCCAGAACGAUCCGUACUACAAGUACGUGUGGAACGGGAAGCUCCUUGAGCGGGUCAAGGACAUUGUGCAUCCUGACUGGCUCAUGUACAUAAUCCAUGGCUUUUGUGGCCAGUCCAAGCUUCUGAUCUACGGUCGACCGGUUCACAUCACCCUCAUUGCCAGGCGCUCCAGCAAAUUCGCCGGGACCCGCUUCCUGAAAAGAGGUGCCAAUUGCGAGGGGGACGUAGCUAAUGAGGUAGAGACCGAACAGAUCAUCCACGAUGCCUCGGUUAUGUCUUUCACAGCAGGAAGCUACUCCUCGUACGUCCAGGUCCGAGGUUCUGUCCCACUGUACUGGUCUCAGGACAUUUCCACCAUGAUGCCAAAGCCACCCAUAAGAUUGGACCAAGCAGAUCCAUAUGCUAAUAUAGCUGCUCUGCAUUUUGACCAGAUGCUGCAGCGGUUUGGAUCACCUAUCAUCAUCCUCAACCUGGUUAAGAAACGUGAAAAGAGAAAACAUGAAAAGAUUCUCAGUGAAGAACUCUACCCAGCUGUGAUCAACCUCAAUCAGUUCCUCCCUCCAGACCAUCGCAUUGACUACAUUGCCUGGGACAUGGCCCGCUACACCAAAAGCAAAUUAUGCAACGUUUUAGACCGUUUGAGCAUGAUAGCAGAAAAUGUGGUGAAGCGAACAGGUUUCUUCAUCAAUCGCUCUGACUUCUACUGCCACACCCUGAGACCAGAUGACAGGUGGCGAGAUGUAGGUGGAUCUGUUACGUCCACUGGACGACUACAGACUGGUGUGUUGAGAACCAACUGUGUGGAUUGUUUGGACCGAACCAAUACAGCCCAGUUUAUGGUGGGAAAAUGUGCACUGGCUUAUCAACUGUAUGCACUGGGAAUGAUUGAUAAGCCCAAGUUACAGUUUGAUACAGACUGUGUCAGGUUAUUUGAGGAGCUGUAUGAGGACCAUGGAGAUACUUUAUCUCUGCAGUAUGGCGGCUCUCAGCUGGUCCACAGGGUGAAAACCUACCGCAAAAUUGCACCCUGGACUCAGCACUCCAAAGACAUCAUGCAGACGUUGUCACGGUACUACAGCAAUGCUUUCUCAGACGCAGACAGACAAGACGCCAUCAACUUGUUCCUUCAAGUUUACCAGCCGUCAGAGGGUAAGGCACAUCUGUGGGAGCUUCCCACUGACUUUUAUCUUCAUCAGAAGAGCACCAUGGCCCUUCAAAAGAACAGACACAGCUACACAUUUUGGUGGUCAGAGGGAGUCCUGUCCUACCUGCCUGUACCUUAUGAUGAAGUUGCUUGUGAGAACACAAUGAAGACCGUCAAAGUAAAGAGGAUGAACCAGUUUGAUGAAAGUGUUGACAUCUACACAGAGUUCUUCAAACCUUAUGAGCUCACAUCCUUUGAUGACACUUUCUGCAUUGCGAUGACCAACUCUGCAAGGGAAUUUAUGCCAAAAGCCGUGGGAGUGGAUCCAAGUCCAUUCACAGUCCGCAAGCCAGAGGAAACUGGAAAAUCAGUGCUGGGCAAGAGCAGUAAGGAGGAAACCAUUCUCCAAAGGAAGACGGCAGCCAGUGCGCCUCCUCCCCCCAGUGAGGAGGUCAUCUCUAGUACGUCUGAGGACGACUCGGAGGAGGAUCGGGACGAUGAAGGGUCUGUUUCACAGCGCUCUACCCCGAUCAAGCUGCUGACAGAGUCUGGAGAGAGUGGUCGCAUGCAAGAGGAGGUCCAGCUGCAGCAAGCAAUGAAGGAGCCUUAUGGUCGGAUUCUUGCAGAGUGUCCCGCAGAGGAGGAUUUGCUCAUUUACGAAAGGUUUGCACAUCUUGGUGAGAACCAGCACACAGUGGAGAAAACAGAACGCAUAAACUUGGCGAAUAUCAUUUGCUUAGAACCAAUGUCCCACUUCAAGGAUGACAGCAUCUAUGCCGUCUCUCUUCCUCAAGUAGACAGAGGCAGUCACGAAAUGUUUGCGAGCCAUGUAAUGACGGGUCACGGCCAGGUGAGGGCGCUGUGCAGGGAGGAUAUUUUGAUGUACAGGGAGUACGUGAAGAACAGAUACAUGUGAAAGCCAAAUAUCUGAAACUGGAUGAUAAGGACAAAAAUGUUUCAGUUUUUUUUUUUUUUGCUCGUCACUCUGGUAAGUUGUAUGCAUUUCUCCUGACGAUGUACAGAAGACCUUACACAGCUGAAUUUUGACUAAAAAAAAUAAUAAAAUCAAAUAAGCCUUUUGUAUAUUUUCUGUUUUAUAAGUUUUCAACUAUAUUAUUUGUGUAAACCUACCUGUUACAAGGCUACGAUGGUGGUUUUUUAUAUAUAAUCACCAUAUAUAACUUGAUAUAACUUUUAUCAAGUUAUAUAUAACUUGAUAAAAGUUUUAUAUAUAUAUAUAUAUAUAUAUAUAUAUAGUAGUUGCAGAAUUAAAAGCAAAUAUAAGUUGUGCGAAUUGAUGCAAAUAAUUUUAAUCUUAUGUUUUGGAACACAGUGCAAGGAGCUGACAUUGAACUGUUUCUAAAAGAACAUAUUGUUUGGAGUCAGUUUGUCAUUUCUGACUAAUCUUUUGUCUCUUUUUAAAUGUUGUUUUAUUUUGCAUAUAUUUAUCAUUCCAAAAACAUGUCUGCUUAUUUUUGUAAAUAUGAAGUGUUUCUGUAAACAUGAACCAUAAAACUUUCAUAGUUGACAAAAUGGUACACAUUUUAAAUUUUUACUAUUUUGUGUUGAACAUAUGAGAUGUGUUUUAAUAAAUUUAACACCUAUUUAUCAAACCUAUGUGAAGGACUUCAUUGUGAAACUGUUGUUUUUGAGGUGCACAUGCAAAACAUUAAUGCACAAAAACUGACCUUAAACAUUCUUAUUCACGCACAAAUGUGCACUUUGCUAUUUUGACCAGUACUGUUUAAAACCGUCAUGUAACAUUAGAUAAAAUCUAUAUUAUUUUAAUUCAGCAGACUGUCUUCUUGAGAUUGUCCAAAUGCAAUGAUAGUAAACAUGUUAAACAUGUUAAAUGUCUACCGAAAAUGUAAACACACAGGUUUGCUACAAUAACAUUUCUGUUUAGCCUUCCAGAUGAAGAUGAAUGCCUUUUGAUAAAGUUCAGCUUUUAACAGCUAAUGGAAAAAUUAAGACUCAUUCUCUAACCAUGUGCAGAAUACCCCAGGGUUCUGUCUCUGGGCCUCUUCUCUUUAAUCUCCAUAACCUCCCCCUAGCUCAGACUAUAGCAAAUGGUAAUAUUAAUUACCAUAACUAUGUUGAUCAGAGAUGUCACACUCAAUUUCAGUAUUUGUCCCAUCGAGAUCAUGAAUGUCCUCAAAGGGUUGGUUGUGACGGGAUGUGAUUGAUUUGAUUGAUAAACUGAUAUUUAAGAACACAACUGUUUGUUUAUUUUCUUUCCGUUCAUGUAAGGAACUUUGCAUUGCUUUUCUGAAAAUGCUCAAUAUAAAUAAAAUUGUCUUAAAUUCC